AUGGCGACGGUGGCCAGAAGCUCCUAUUUCAAUGUCCACCCCAAGCUGUAUCUAGCCAGCCGUGGGAAACGCUACCUGCGCCAGAUCGUCACCACCUUUGCUACUGUAUUCUCGCUUGUUUGCUUCCAUUAUCAUUACCUUUUUAUUUCUGGGCCCCAGCGAACAACAGACAUGGUGUUCCCACUACGGUCAAUCGCGUCGUGGCGAGUGGGUGUAGUCGUUGCUGCAGCACUGGCUUCUCUCGUCCAUGCGAGCCCAUCAGUCAACGUCGCUUUGCAGGCCUCCUUCGACUCGGCGCCAUAUCUUAUAGAGCUCCUAGAAACCGUCGCCGAGGAGAACUCCACUGCAUACUUCCCGUUGCUUGACCGCGUUGCUGACGGAGCCUUUGACGAUGCGGUGACGGAUAAGGAAGUUUACGAUCGCUUCUUGCAGGUCGUCCGCGAGGGCGGGCAUCUCAAGACCCCGGAGACUCUAUCGUCUUUCAAGCUGUCGUUGGCAAUCCGAUCUGCGACCCCACGAAUCGCCGCCCACUAUCAGUACUACAAUGCUUCGGUGCAACACUCGUUAAUGGCGGCUCAGGAUGCCGCCUGCCCAGUCUGGGUGCACUCGGAAGGAAAACAGUACUGCUCUUCUACGAUGGAGCGUGCACAGCAGGAUGUCCUCGGAGAACUGGAUCCGAAGGAACUCCCGUUUGACCGAGUCCUGGGAGACCCGUCCUUGCCGCCAGCUGUCUUGUACGCCGACGUGACGUCGCCAAUGUUCAGGGACUUCCACCAUACAUUGACCUCCCUCGCCAAGGAGGGCCAGGUCUCCUAUCGUGUACGGUACCGCCCUCCACAACAUCCGAUCCCGCGUCCCUUGUUCGUUUCCGGAUAUGGCGUGGAGCUUGCCUUGAAGCGCACUGAUUACAUUGUGAUCGAUGAUCGCGAUGCUGAGGGAAGGGGCUCCGACUCCGCGGAAUCAACCAAGCCUGGCACUGUCGACGAGGAGGCACCCGAUGACCUGCGGCCUUUAUCCUCGUCUGAGGUAUCGCGGCUGGGCGUGAACACUGUCAGCUACGUAAUGGACAGUGAGAACCCUCUCGACACUCUCGUCAAGCUGUCGCAGGAUUUCCCCAAAUAUUCCUCCAAGGUCGCUGCGCAUAAUGCCUCAGCUUCUCUCCUCAAGGAUAUCCGCUUCAGCAGGUUACAGAUGCUGCCUUCUGGCGCCAAUGUCAUGUGGAUCAACGGUGUACAAGUCAAUCCCCGACAAAUCGACGCCUUCUCUCUCUCCGAUCACCUGCGUCGCGAGAGGAGACUCAUCGAGAAAUUCCGGAAUUUGGGUCUUUCCGCCCAGGAGGCUGUUGACCUUCUUUCCCAUGAGUAUAUCGCCGAGGCCAUGGCACAGGAUGCGGCUCAGCGAUACAACUAUCGCGAUGAAAUUGAAGGCGGUAAUGUUAUCAUAUGGCUAAACGAUUUGGAAAAAGAUGCAAAAUACGAGGGCUGGCCGAGCGACCUGACCGCUUUUCUUCAACGCACAUAUCCUGGACAGCUUCCUCCUGUGCGCCGGGAUGCCCACAAUAUAGUGGUUCCAGUCGAUCUAACCAAUGCCGAAGAUAUGAAUCUGGUAGUCCAGACUAUCCAGGUUUUUGUCAAGAAGAAGAUCCCAGUCAGGUUUGGUCUAGUCCCCACUGGGUCUUCUCCGGGCUCGAUGGCUCAACUCAAGGUUGCGCAUUAUCUCCAAAGGACUUAUGGACUUUCCAGCUUGAUUCAGUAUCUGGAAGAGUCUGCCGCGAAGAACAAGUUCGCCAGCCCUGAUAAGGGGUCUUUCCAGGCUGCGAUUAAAGACCGGAACGUUCGCGCUGACAAGCAGCCCUUGUCGUUUGAAGAAGUGCUAAAGGAUGAUGAACUCGGCAGCUUCGUGUCCCGCACACUGGAUUAUCAAAAUCGACUUGGCAUCAAUGGAGAAACGUCGCCUCUUUUCGUCAAUGGAGUUCCCAUCAGCAGGGGCGAAAAUUGGGUGCAGGAAAUGAGCAUCAGGGUGAACAAAGACUUGCAAUUGAUCCAGCAGAGCAUUUUUGAAGGCCUUCUCGAAGAAAGCACUUGGAUCCCUGGCUUUUUCCUUUCUGGUGCUUUUGAUCGGCGCAAUCCUUGGGUCAUCCCCGAGGACCCUAAAGACAUCAAAGUCGUGGAUUUGGCUGGUGUUGCUGGUUCUCGACAGCAGAGCUUAGAUGCCCUUCCCCGUAUACCUUCUGAUGGGGAGGAUGCACUUGAGAGUGCCUACCUUGUCGUCGUCGGAGACUUCGAUGCAGAAUCCGGUCUCAAGUUACUGAAAGCCACCCUUGGCAGUCGCAAGGAGCACGGUGAGGCAGAGAUGCUCUUUUUACACAACCCCGCCACAGAUACACCCACCUCUGGACGGUCCGCGACUCUUUACCGCCUACUGAAGGAUGGCAAAGAAACGGAUGUUGAGAAGCUCCUGAGUGCUUUCUCUUCAGACAGCGCCACGACCAACGAGGCGGAGGAAAUUGUUGCCUUCUGGGAAGCGCAACAGCCCCUGGCUUAUGAUCUCGGUUUCAAACCCGGUCAGAGCGGGUUCAUUGUCAAUGGAAGGGUGAUUGGACCUAUGCAGGACGAUAGUGUAGUGAUGCCAGAAGACAUAGGUGCUCUUCUGGGAUACGAACAGGCCAAACGGAUAGGCCCCGUUGCAAAGGCAGCCAGAGCCCUCGGAUUUGGAUCAAAAGUGGCAGAACCUCUGGCUUUUGCCAAGCUGACAUCACUGGCUACCCUCUCAACCAUCUCUGAUGUGCCUGAGGGUAUCUUUGAAAGCAUAUGGAGUGACUCCGAUUCCGUCAUAACUGUCUCCAAUUCUGAGGACGCCGCGAUCACGAUAGUCGCGUCUAUCGACCCCACAUCUGAAGUCGCCCAAAGAUGGCUUCCAAUCUUGAAUGUCCUCUCGCAGUUGGCAAGCGUGCGACUCCGGCUAUUCUUGAAUCCGCGGGAGGAAAUCAGCGAACUUCCAACUAAGCGGUUCUACCGCUAUGUCUUGGACUUGGAGCCAUCAUUCAAUGAUGAUGGAUCUCUGGCAAGACCCGGCGCUUCGUUCUCGGGUGUUCCAGUUGAAGCACUUCUUACAUUGGGAAUGGACGUACCAUCUCCCUGGCUCGUGGCUCCCAAGGAGUCUAUCCACGACCUUGACAAUAUAAAGUUGAGCUCACUGAAGGAAGGAUCGAACGUCGAUGCUAUCUACGCCCUGGAACAUAUUUUGAUCGAGGGCCACUCCCGCGACCUGACCACACAAAGCCCUCCUAGAGGUGUCCAGUUGGUCCUUGGAACAGAAGACCAUCCAUACUUUGCCGAUACCAUCAUCAUGGCCAACCUGGGAUACUUCCAGUUCAAAGCUCAGCCUGGACUAUGGAAAAUCAACCUCAAACCUGGUCGUAGUGAACGCAUUUUCAACCUCGACAGUGUGGGCGGCCUCGGAUACAGCCCUCAACCAGGCGACGAAAACAACGAAGUGGCUCUUCUCUCCUUCCAGGGCAAGACGCUAUUCCCUCGCCUGUCACGUAAGAAGGGCUUUGAGGAUGAAGACGUUUUAGAGACUGGCCCUCGUCCCGGAUCACCGAUGGACUUUGUCUCCAAGGGUCUCAACUUCGCCUCAGGAGUCCUAUCAAGCGUUGGGGUUGGCUCAAAGGCCGUCUCCGAAAAGCAAGCCGACAUCAACAUCUUCUCCGUCGCUAGCGGCCACCUCUAUGAGCGCAUGCUAAACAUCAUGAUGGUCUCCGUCAUGCGGAACACCAAGCAUACGGUCAAAUUCUGGUUCAUCGAGCAGUUCCUUUCCCCGUCCUUCAAGGAGUUCCUCCCCCAUCUCGCCAAGGAAUACGGCUUCUCCUACGAGAUGGUCACCUACAAAUGGCCACACUGGCUGCGCGCACAGCGCGAGAAGCAACGCGAGAUCUGGGGCUACAAGAUCCUGUUCCUGGAUGUCCUAUUCCCGCUUUCCUUGGACAAGGUCAUCUUCGUGGACGCCGACCAGAUCGUUCGCACAGACAUGUACGACCUCGUCAGUCUCGACCUGGAAGGCGCCCCUUACGGCUUCACCCCGAUGUGCGAUUCGCGCGAGGAGAUGGAGGGCUUCCGCUUCUGGAAACAGGGCUACUGGAAGACCUUCCUGCGCGGUCAGCCCUACCAUAUCUCCGCCCUCUACGUCGUCGACCUGAGCCGCUUCCGCGCCCUGGCAGCCGGUGAUCGUCUCCGCGGCCAGUACCAGAUGCUGUCCGCGGACCCCAACAGUCUGAGCAACCUCGACCAGGACCUGCCCAACCAUAUGCAACACCAUAUCCCCAUCAAGAGCCUGCCGCAGGAGUGGCUGUGGUGCGAGACGUGGUGCUCUGAUGAGUCGCUCGGUCAGGCGAGGACCAUUGAUCUCUGCAAUAACCCGCAGACAAAGGAGCCCAAGUUGGAUCGCGCCCGGCGACAGGUUCCCGAGUGGACCGCCUAUGAUGAUGAGAUUGCAGCGUUGGCGAAGAGGGUCGCGCAAGACAAAGAACAGGAAGAGGAUAUCCCGGUGCCAGAGGAAGAAGACGACGAAGCACCUUCAACUUGGGACAAGGAUGAACUGUGA